UUGCCUGAUGAGAUGCCGAUCGGCAGUCUUACUCUCCUGCAACAGCCACCAGCCGCAGGCGUUAUGAAGAUAUCCAAUAUUCCCUAUUCUAUCACCAAGCAGGAGAUACUACAAUUCGUAGGACGCCAGUCUCGCCUGAGCUCGGGUCAAGCCGUCCACAUUAUAAUGGAGCGCUCAACUGCGAAGACAAUGGAUUGUUACGUGGAAUUUGCGACACCAGGAGAUGCUAAAGAGACCGUCAAGAGAAUCGACAGUAUCCAGGAAACUGGCCGUCCGCCUCGCUUGGGGAACAGACACGUUGACGUCGAACUUAGUUCUCAGGAUGCGCUGCUGCGCGAUCUCUUCCCUCGUGCAAAGUGUGUCCACUGGCAGGUAGGUAUGCCCACUGUUCUCCGUAACAAUGAUCCCUAUUCAACGGGCUUUGCUGGCUUCUUCACCAGCGAGGAGAUUAUCGGUGCUAUUCGCCAUGCAGAGAUGCCUCACAGAUCUCCUUUCAGUACCAAAUGUCCUCAGCGUACAUAUGAGUCCACUAUCAGUACCCUCUACAAGUUCCCCUGGUAUGCCGUUGAUCUUUACACGGUCCAUGAUCGUAACUUGCUCUUUGACUUGGUCAAUCGCCAGGUUUUGGCUCUUCUUACUCGUAUGAGCAGAGCGAAUACAGUGGGCCUGGAUCAGCGCCUCUUGAAUGACCUUCUUCGUGCAGGACUCGAAUGUCCAGGCUUCAACGAACGCCAGAGAUAUACCUUGUGUGUCAACGCAGAAAACUUCGCUGAAUUGAAUAAGCUAUCUGACAUCAGUCAAUGGUUUCCCUUUGACACCUUGGCUACUAUGCCUAACCUCGAUGAGCACACUUACAAGCUCCCCAACAACUUCCCUUCGGAUAAUGUCAGCCUCAUCUCGCCAUUUGGUCCGAUCUGGUUUGAAUGGCCCGAGGAAGUCGCUAAGCGCACGAUCUGGCAGGAUGCGAUCAGUCAGGAGACCAACAUCUUGUUCGAUCUUCUAUCUAGCGGAUCUAGAAACCCCCAUGGAAGAAAGCUGUCUUCUGGAAGUCACAGCACUCUGAGCAGCGGCAUGUCACCAGACACAGACAGUCUGUCCCAGUACGAUGUGUUUUCGCCUCCUCUACGCCGGGCAAGUGACUCAUGGCACAUGCGCGCUUACUCUUACAGCGGCAUUGAGGACAACCCUUGGAAUUCCAGGCUGCUUCUUCAUUCGGGUAAUAGAGGCCGUGGUGGCUUCCCCGGACAUCGCUUCACCAGAUCUUCUCCAGUCAAUGUCCCG